ACAUGAAAACUACUCUCCUUUAACUGCGAAUGUAUUUAAACAUAAUAAGGGACUGUUUCAAAAGUUAAUAUAUAUAUACAACAUACAAGAUGGCUGAUUCAGUGGCCCCUUCUGGCACAGUGUCCGAGUCUGCACCGAGCGAGAUGCCGCUUUCUGAAGCUGUAGAAGCUAGCAGAGCACCGCCGCUGUCAUUUCCGCCGUACCCACCAUACGCGACAGAGCCUGCGCCGCCUUCGGUCGCCGACACAAUCGUCGCCGGACGGGAUCUGAGGGUGCAGCAUAAAUCUAUUCCACGGAGAUCUGUUCGACCACCGCCGAAGCCAGCCAGACCCAGAGGCCCGAAAGCCACUGAUGUGAAAUUGUCAAAGCGGGCGGCGCGAGCACAUGCACUUUGUUUGCGGAGGCAUGGAGCCGUUCUCACCGACCGUCUAGAGCGGAUAUCCAAACCUCGGCGUAGGGCUAUCAUAUAUCUCUGGCGGGAACAUGCAGAUAUUCUACCACCUGAAACGAUUGCCCGUCUACGAGCUAUGUUGGACGCUGACGAACCCUUCAAACCUGAUCAAGCAUACGAAUACUUCGUUAAUUUUCGCAAAACCAAAAAGAAGGCUACCACAAUGCGAGUCAACCAAAUAAAGAAGGACGUGUUAGCUGUAUGUGCUGAUAAGAGAUUUAUAUGGGCACGUAACGCAACUGUAGCUUUCGCCAAGGGUAUCCAACAAAGAUUGUCAAGGCCUGGACGCUACGCUCUCGCUGACAGAAUGCUACGGCUAUCCAAUAUUAUCCUGGAUGAGAUUUGCGGUCACCUCGUACAUAUGAAAACACCUUCCAGACGUUGUACGCAUCCCAAAUCACGUUUUAUGAUGGAAAUGGCCGAUAAGAUCUCUGUUUGGAUUGAUGAAAUAUUAGCGGAAUCCGAUGACCGUAUGUUAAUGAUGGACUUUGAUGAAGAUUAUGAAGUAGAACAGAGCAAUGCUGAUGCUCUAAAGCCAGAACUUGGAGCCGAGGCAACGCCGAAAGAGGCCACAUCUGGUUCUGGAACUGAAAAUUCAAUGACUCCUGCCGAAACCCCUAUUGCCACUCCAACUACGAGUGCGCCUGCCACUCCCAGUGAAAGUCCAAAGCAUACUCCGAGGACUUCCAAAAGUAAUCUAUAAUAAUACGUUAUGGGUGGUAAUGAUGCAGGUGAUACUGGAUUUGCUGACGACUUUCUGAAUAUGAUGGGCGGUGUUGGUGGAAAUUGCAAGAUCU